CAUCUUGAAGCCCAUACUUGUCAAAUGAGCGAGCAAAUUGCUGAAAUCAGGCAAAUCUCAGAGAAAAGCGUGCAGCAGUUGACAAACAUAAACUUAGAGAUUGAGAAUGAGCGAUCCGCUGCAGCAGAAGAACGUGCAAUCAUGGACGAAAUUAUAGAAAAAAUGAACGCACUAAAAGAAAAGUCUUUUACGAACCGGCAAUCACGAGCUGACGCUAUCGCCAAGGUAACAGUAAAAUUGGAAGAAAACACACAGUCCACUAUUGAUAAGUUGCAACAGAGUUCGACGGUUUUGCAAAGCUUUUGUGAAAAGAGUUGUGACGGCAAUGCUUCAACGCAGAAAGGUUUCGAACAGCAUAUCAACGUUGCUAUGGAGUGUAGUACUCAACAAGAAAACGUUCACAGCUCUCUCCAGGAACAACUCUGUACUUUGCAGAGAGAUAGCAGCAAUCGCGUAAAAGAGUUUUCAGCUACGGCUGCUACCCACUCCGAACACACUCAAAAAGUGCUUGACGAAUUUGAAGCUGAAGUAAAGCGAAACCGAUUGGAGAGCGAGCAGAGAGUCGAAGAUGCAACUCUUGCUGUAAAGCAGGGUCUUGCCGAGGAUUCUCAUCAACUGAAGCAGCAUGUGGUGGUCUCAAGCGGCUUGGCCAACUCUUUGCAACAAAGUGUACUGAAUUAUGCAGACACGUACAAAGAUCAAAUGCAAACAUGUGUGAACGAUGUUAAUAAUUUCAAGCAAAGUGAGCUCAAGACAUAUGCACCCACAGGUGCUACCCCAUCGAAACGCAACUUUGUGUAUCCUCGUUCUUUGGCUGCUACUUCGCCUCACCUGGAUAUUGUAAAACGGUUUCGCCAAGAAAACGAUUGGUCUGAUUUGGAUACUACAGCUCCCAUUGAUGAAGCUAGCGAAGACGAGCAAGAACUAAGGAACUCGGCACAAGAGAUAUCUAAUACUGAAGUCAUUUUAAACUCGACGCCUAUAGACUUAACAAACGUAGCAACACCACAGCCAGUUAAUGGCGCAUCCAAAAAAAUGAAUGUUCUACUAUCAAAUCAGUUGCGCAAUAGCAACUCAUUGUCGACCGGCCCUUCACCGCGCAAACGAUCUCCGACGCAUAAUUCGUCAGCGCCGGCUAUUAGAGCAAACAAGGAAAACAUAUCUUGAGCUUCAUCGCAUCUAUUACGUUUUUUUUUUUCUUGCACGUAUCCAUAGCUGUAUAUUUCAUUCAAAAGACAACUAUAUAUGUUUUGUUAAAAGUACCUCUAACAGAACAUUGGCUUAGAAGAAGACAUUGAAAACAUUAGUAUUUCUUCCGAUUGAACUUCAAUAUUUCAAUACGUUUAUAAAAACUACGUAAAUAAAAGUGAAGCGAUUACAAUAAUCACUGCUAUUGAACUUAAAAGUUUUAUAUUAGGCCAGCAUGUCGCAUUGCAUAUAAAACGCUUCAAAAUGCCUUACUGGAAUCUGCAAGUUAUUGGAAAAUGAAUUUGUUCAGUCUGCCUUUGUUACCUUUGAUUUGUACUUCCGUUUAUGUCACCACUGAAUGUUCUUUUA